AGCAGUUACUUCAGAUUCUGCGUUAACCUGUGCUGUGCUGUUCAGAUCUCAAAAUGGAAACACUGCAGUGCGCGUUCAACGCGUGUGGAUUUGGAUUAUAGGGCGGAUUUGACGCUGGUGAGAUUAUAGACAGGAGAGAACACGGCGUCCCAGAACCAGACGACAAUGCGCUGUAAAACCAACAGCAUCUGAAGUCCAUUGGACCGUCUUUAUAACUCAAGGUGACAUUUAUUUCUUAUGACGAUGCGGAUGAGGUGAAGCAGGCGACUGCUAACAUACGACAUGAGUCAGUUGAGACACCUGGCUGUUGCUUUAAGAAGCAGUGGCCAAUGGAUGAGGGGGCACGUGGGGACAGGAAGGCGAGUUUUUGACCCACGUCGUAACUGUUCGUCCGGGGCUGCUGAGCCCUCAUUGGCGGCCUGCAGCUCUAGCUAUGUCGUGGAAAUGUACUACGCUUGGCUGGAGGAUCACAAAAAUGUUCAUGAGUCUUGGGAUGCAUACUUCCGUAACGCCCAGGCCAGCAGUCCAGAGGAAACAAAAGAGAAGCGCUUGUCCACACUUCUCCAAGGACGAACCAUGUCCCAGACACCAGCCAUGUCCCAAAAAGUGGUGGAGGAUCAUUUAGCUGUGCACACGCUUAUAAGAGCCUAUCAGGUACGUGGUCACCAUGUGGCCCAGCUAGACCCUCUUGGCAUCCUUACAGCAGAUCGAAAUUCCUUCAAUCCCUCAGAUUUGAUCGCGUCGAUUGACAAGCUUGGCUCCUAUGGUUUGGAUGAAUCUGAUCUGGAUAAGACAUUUCAGUUGCCACCAACCACGUUUAUCGGGGGAAAUGAAAGUACACUCCCACUGAGAGAAAUCAUACGCAGACUUGAGAUGUCUUACUGUGGUCAUAUUGGGGUGGAAUUCAUGUUCAUCAACAAUGUGGAGCAGUGCCAGUGGAUACGACAGAAGUUUGAAAGUCCAGGAAUCAUGACGUUUUCUGACAGAGAGAAAAGAACGCUGCUGGCCAGGCUGGUUCGCUCAACAAGGUUUGAGGACUUUCUGGCUCGUAAAUGGUCUUCAGAGAAACGCUUUGGUUUGGAAGGCUGUGAGGUCCUCAUCCCUGCCCUGAAGAUGAUCAUUGACAAGUCCAGUGAAGCUGGUAUAGAAAGUGUAAUUAUGGGCAUGCCUCACAGGGGUCGACUAAACGUUCUGGCCAAUGUGGUGCGCAAAGAUCUAGAUCAGAUUUUUUGCCAGUUUGAUCCCAAACUUGAGGCCGCAGAUGAGGGUUCAGGAGAUGUGAAAUAUCACUUGGGGAUGUAUCAUGAACGGAUCAACAGGGAAACAGAUAAGAAUAUCAUUUUGUCUCUGAUGGCUAACCCCUCUCACCUGGAGGCAGUGGAUCCUGUUGUUCAGGGCAAGACCAAGGCAGAGCAGUUCUACAGCGGAGACACUGAAGGAAGGAGGGUGAUGUCCAUCCUAAUGCACGGUGAUGCUGCGUUCGCGGGUCAGGGAGUCGUCUACGAAACCUUCCACCUCAGUGAACUCCCUUCUUAUUCCACACAUGGCACAAUCCAUGUUGUGGUCAAUAAUCAGAUUGGAUUCACUACAGAUCCCCGAAUGGCACGUUCCUCUCCCUACCCGACAGACGUGGCUCGUGUGGUCAACGCACCAAUCUUCCAUGUCAACGCUGACGAUCCAGAGGCAGUGAUGUAUGUGUGCAGGGUUGCUGCAGAAUGGAGGAACACAUUCAAUAAGGAUGUGGUAAUAGACCUGGUUUGUUAUCGGCGAUUUGGGCACAACGAGAUGGAUGAGCCCAUGUUUACGCAGCCCCUCAUGUACAAGCAGAUCCGCAAACAGGAACAUGUGCUCAAGAAGUACGCCGACAAGCUCAUCUCCGAGGGGGUUGUGACACUGCAAGAGUUUGAGGAGGAAGUUGCUAAAUAUGACAAGAUCUGUGAGGAAGCGUACACAAGCUCCAAAGAUGAGAAGAUUCUACACAUACGCCACUGGCUUGACUCACCGUGGCCAGACUUCUUUACACCAGAAGGAGAGCCAAAGAGCAUGAGCUGUCCCUCCACUGGUCUAAAUGAAGAGGUGCUCAGACACAUUGGUGAGGUUGCCAGUUCAGUCCCUUUAAAGGACAUUGCCAUUCACAGUGGCUUGUCACGGAUCCUUCGCGGCCGUGCUGAUAUGGUUGCCAAGCGCUCGGUGGACUGGGCUCUGGCAGAGUACAUGACCUUUGGCUCUUUGCUAAAGGAUGGUAUUCAUGUGAGACUCAGUGGACAAGAUGUAGAAAGAGGAACAUUUAGUCACCGUCACCACGUCUUGCAUGAUCAAGAAGUUGAUAAACGCUUCUGUGUUCCAAUGAACCAUCUGUGGGAGAACCAGGCUCUCUACACAGUGUGCAACAGCUCCCUGUCUGAGUAUGGGGUUUUGGGUUUUGAGCUUGGCUUUGCCAUGGCUAAUCCUAAUGCCCUGGUGUGCUGGGAAGCUCAGUUCGGUGACUUUCAUAACACAGCCCAGUGCAUCAUAGACCAGUUCAUCUCUGCAGGCCAGGCCAAGUGGGUCCGACACAAUGGCAUUGUGUUACUGUUGCCCCACGGGAUGGAGGGAAUGGGUCCGGAGCACUCUUCAGCGCGGCCCGAACGCUUCCUGCAGAUGAGCAAGGAUGACCCUGAUUGCUAUCCGGAAUUCACUGGAGACUUUGAGGUCCAACAGCUCUAUGACUGUAAUUGGAUUGUGGUCAAUUGCUCAACACCUGCCAACUACUUCCAUGUGCUAAGAAGGCAAAUCUUACUACCUUUUAGAAAGCCGCUGAUCAUUUUCACACCAAAGUCCUUAUUGAGGCUCCCUGAAGCCCGCUCUAGUUUUGAUGAGAUGACCACAGGUACAAAGUUCCAAAGAAUAAUUCCAGAUGAUGGUCCUGCAUCCAGAAACCCAGGAAAGGUCAAACGUAUCAUCUUCUGCACUGGAAAAGUCUACUAUGAGCUGACUAAGGAAAGAAAACAGUUAAACAUAGAGGAGGAUGUUGCAAUUAUCCGACUGGAACAGAUUUCACCAUUUCCUUUUGACCUCAUCAAAGAUGAAGUUGAGCGGUACAGUAAUGCUGAACUCGUAUGGUGUCAAGAGGAGCACAAGAACAUGGGCUACUAUGACUAUGUAAGGCCACGCUUCCUCACCGUGCUGUCUAACAAGAAUCCAGUAUGGUAUGUUGGCCGUGACCCUGCUGCAGCCCCUGCCACCGGAAACAAGUUUACUCAUGUAGCUGAGCUGAAGAGGUUCAUCGACACUGCCUUUAACCUGGAGGCAUUCAAGGGCAGAAGCUUUUAAUGUAUAAUGGGAGAUGUUAACAUUAUAAUUGAAGUGAAUAUGAUACAGGUCAUGCUAUCAACGCACAAUAUUAGAUAAGGUAUAAGGUAAGUCUUCAAGAGGUUUCUAUAUGCAAAAGCACACAGAAUACAUAACUGUAAGCACAGGGCAGAAGAUUUGUGUGCUGAUCAGUCAAAGUUGUUCUCAGUAGAAAUGCUUUAUUUGUGUUAAGUAAUACUUGCUCUUUAUUUUUUUCUUAUUUGUCUUCCGUAACUGUCACGCUUGGCUUCAUCCUGAGACAUCAAACAGAUGGCAUGUAGACAAAUAACAAUAUUCUCUGCGGCAGGGGCAAUAUUCUCUGUAGCUUUUACAAAAUAUGUUUCCUUUUAAGACUUUAUGGUUCUUGUAGCAUUUAAGACUUGUGAGAAAUCUUUAAUGUUGAUGUCUUUGACAGCGAAACUUUAAAAGGCUAUACACAGAAAUGAAAAAACAAGUCACAAAACCACAAUAAUAAGCGAUGUAUAGCACUAAAAUAUGGUUUUACUUUCUCAUGGCCAUAGUGUAAUGAACUGUGGUGAACAUAACUAAAACGAUAUUGCCACUCUCGAGGAUUUUACUUACAGUAUAUUGUACUGUAAACUAGACCUGUAGGCUGUGUGCCUACGUGUGAUGAUGACACAUGCAAUAGUGAACUUACGUUUUUAAUAUAAGAUAAUUUAAUACAGUAUUUCAGAUUUUGGUUUAGCACUUUAUUAGACAAUUCUCAUAAGAGAGAAGAGAAACAAUAAUUCAAGGUGAUUAACUGUGAUGUGUGAUGUAUGUGUCUUAUAACCUGGCAAUAAACAAACUACAUAC